UUUAUUGAUAUUUAUUCUGGUGCUGAGUUUCGUGGAAUCGGUGGAAUGAAGACCAGGAAAAAGUCCAAUUCUUUUUUCAAAGCCAUUGCUCUCCUAAUGAUCCUCGUAAUCUCGUUAAAACCCUCGAGCGGUCAGAGUUCAGAUGAAAAAUACACCCGAGGGAAUUACCAAAUGACGAAAACACAAACUCGAGCCCGUGAAGUCAGGGGAAUUAGACCUGGGAGUCUCCAGACAGCCAGGGACUUUGGAAAAAGAAAUGAUCGUCUCCUGGAACUCAAGGAUGUCUUCGAUCGACAAUUAAAAAGGUCAGUUGCUAUUUCAGUCAAUAAUAAUAACGUGAACUGUUCGAUUUGGGAAUUAUUUUGUCAGAUAUCCCAUUCACUGGCUUCUGGAGCUGCAGAGGUACCCCAGAGUCACGCGCCAAUACGAACGAGCUCUGGUGAACACCGAAGACCAGAGGAAUUCCAUCACCAGGCUGUUGCUCCAAUCCCUCUAAAUCCUCUGACUUCUCAAUCGAUCAAUGUUUAAUUCGUUAUCACAUGUGUUGAUGACACGAAUAAAUAUUUAUUUCCUUGACCCAAUUUACGUUUUUCUCUCGUGGAAAGGAGCAAGAAAUGGAUGGUAUUUUCAUUUUAAAAUCUAU